AUUUAGUGUUCUGUCAAAACGGAAGUCGGCCCUAACCUCUCGAAAUGAAAAGCACACAAGAAUACACAACACCAAGAACGGGAGGAAUCAGCACUUGUUCAGAAGAAGCGGACUUCUACGGAAUAUUGCGGUUAAACUUUUCACUAAACAAAAACAUGGCACAAAAAUAUGGAAACAGUAACUGAGAAAAAGGGUAAGAAAAGCUGUGGGCAGCGCUGUUAACCGUCUGUUAAGAGUGCCGUGUACCACGCUCAGUUAACAGGCUGUUACCGAACAGUGUAACGGCUCGCUGUUACUGCAAGAAGAAGAUGGGCCCCUAUCCCUCUGCCUUUUUUUCGUUUGUCUACUCAAUUUUAACCUCCGAAAAACAAUAAUUUUACUGAAAAAAGGCAAUACCAAAGAUUCUUCAGAAUGUAACCAGAAAUCCUUACCAAAAAUACUGCUCUUCCCAAUGAAUCGUAGAUAAAUAAGCACAGGAACUGCUUCUUAACUCAUAUAAAAAAUAUGUAUAUACUUUUAGUUUUGAUUUUCCUGUUUGUUGAUCAGAUUUUUGUCUCUAAUGCAAGUUUGGUGGAGCAGGAGACGACAUGGGUCGACCUUGGGAAGCUUCGAAAUUGCAAAGAUCGAGAGCACAAGUCCGCAAACAGAUUGCGUGGAAAAUUCUGGGUAUUGGAGAACUUUGUGCGGGCGGAUCAUGGACGGAUAAGUUGCUGCUCGAACGUGACGUAUACAACCCAUGCGGACUAUAGGUAUUUGGACAAUUUGGUGCCGCUGCUGGAGCGCUGGAGAUCGCCUUUGAGUCUGGCUCUGUACGCACCCGGCACGGACUGGGAGCCGACCAUCGAGAGCAUCCUGUGGCUGCUGCAGUGCGAUGCUGGUCGGGACCUGGUGCGCGGUCUGACCAGCUUCCACAUCUACUUUCAAGUGGGACACACGCCCAGGGUUGUGCUCAGGGCAGAGACGAUUCUCGCAUGGAAGUUGGACUGCAGUGGACGGCCACCCUAUGAGGGAAUCGUCGGAAAGCGGACCUACCGCUCGCAGAAGGACCUCGACUAUCCCGUCAACACUGGCCGGAACAUAGCCCGGGAGGCAGCGCUCACCCACUUCGUUCUGGCCUCGGACAUCGAGCUGUAUCCCACGCCGGGUCUGGUGUCCAAGUUUUUCAAUAUGCUCGGACGCUACAGCGACGGGUUCGCAGCGAAGCACCUGCCGGUGCCGGUGGUCUAUGUGCUGCGUAUCUUUGAGGUGGAGUCCAAUGCUACGAUGCCAAGCGACAAGCUGCAGUUGCAGGACAUGCUGUGGAGCUCUCAGGCGGUGCCCUUCCACAUGAACAUCUGCCCCCACUGCCACAAGGGACCCAAGCUGGAGGAGUGGAUCAAUGCCAGCGUCUCGGAUGAGCUGAAUGUCUUUCACAAGGGCAUACGGAUGGGCAGGGAGAACCGCUGGGAGCCGAUUUUCAUUGGCUCCACCACGGAUCCGCCGUACGACGAGCGCCUGAGCUGGGAGGCGAUGAGCGACAAGAUGACCCAGGCCUAUGCUAUGUGUGCUCUGGGCUAUGAGUUUCACAUCCUGGACAAUGCCUUUCUGGUGCACAAGCCCGGCAUCAAGCCCGGCCUCGACAACCCCGAACGUCACGAUCUGGCUCUCCGAACGGAGUCCGUUAUUCGCUCAAGAUUCUUUCGGGAAAUGCGCAUCAUCUACGGCAGUCGUGACGGUUGUUUGCCUUAAGAAUCGUAUAAAGUAUAUGCCCUGAGACACCACGUCUACCCUGUACGUGCGACUUUUGGCGGAUUGAACUUCAAAACGGAGCCAUAGCUCUCUCUCUC